AUGUCUACCCCUGACGGAACAAGGGGUCUCGACUUCCAAUUGAGUUCCGAACCCGAAACUUACGAUCUUGAUGAGAUACCAGGUAGAGCAGAAAGCACUACACCAGCUGCUGUAAACUUUCCACCGCGUCGUUUUCAAUCUCAGACCACUCAAAGACCACCUAGCGACAAAAGCCAUCGAACGGAACGGGCAAGAGAAGAGAAGGUCGAACCAUUAACGUUCCCACCUCUUGGACUUCCCGCAGACCUUUCAGCUCUCACGGACAAGGUCGCCAAGCUCAUUUGCAAUCCUCCAAAAGAAUCCCUUAGAGAAACACCAUGGAAAAUCUGCAGAAGAACCUGGCCGUCACAUACCCAAACUACACCAACAGAUGGCCAGCCGAUAUGCUUCCCGAUGAAGAGUCGUUCUUCUCGCUGGAGGCUACUGUUCUCUACCCCAUGCUAUACGCCCAUAAACGUCACUACCCGCUUGUGCCUCGACACAGAGACAGUUCGUACAUCCUGUAUUGCAACCGCAUGA